CUAUCUGCCACUUGCAGCACUGUCUCCGAGGAGCUGAUCUGAAACUACCUGGAUAAGCAACACAUCCAUAGACAUAAUGCAGACUGGCCUGUCCCUUGUUUGCCUUGUCCUCCUGUGCUCAGCACUGGGAGAGGCUGCCCUGAGAAAAACAAAGAAGCAGGCAGUAGUAACUGAUACUGGUAACUCUGCCAAGUCUGAUCCAGAGCCCGUACCAAUAAAAACUAAAGGCCUCAAGACCCUGGACAGAGGCUGGGGAGAAGAGAUUGAGUGGGUACAGACCUAUGAAGAAGGACUGGCCAAGGCUAGAGAAAACAACAAACCUCUGAUGGUGAUUCACCACCUGGAAGAUUGUCCUUACAGCAUAGCUCUUAAAAAGGCAUUUGUGGCUGACCGUCUGGCACAGAAACUUGCUCGGGAGGAUUUUAUAAUGUUGAAUCUGGUGCAUCCAGUAGCAGAUGAAAACCAGGCUCCAGAUGGACACUACGUGCCAAGGGUCAUCUUUGUUGAUCCAUCCCUGACUGUCCGAUCAGACCUUAAAGGCAGAUACGGAAACAAAAUGUACGCCUAUGAUGCUGACGAUAUUCCUGAGUUGGUUACAAACAUGAAGAAAGCCAAAAGUUACCUGAAAACUGAACUUUAAGCUGCUGCACAUUGUGCUCCUUCUGAUGCUGGAGAGAUGACCACACAGCACUGACCAGUCUCUCCAGCCAGAGACACAACCCCCAAAGUCAGACAUCAGAAUCCCUUGAAAUAUGAACAUACUGAAUGGAAGAGACAACAUCUGGUGACUGCACACCUACUCCUAUUAUCCCUGUCACGGUACUGGUUCUGGUGUCACCAAAGCUCACCUAUACAUUCUGCCAUUGUGUAUUCCCAAGCUUGGCUCAUAUGUUGCCCUAUGUGAAAGAAAACAACCAAUAAUCUAUUUUUGGCAGCCCACAUAUUUUUAUGAGGGCUUAAUAUGAGCGGACUGCAGUGCAGCAAUGCCAUUCUUGGCUUCUUUUUCAUACUGCAUUAUACCAGACCUCCCUUCUGUCUCUAACCAUUUAUCUUGGUUUGAUCUGCUGUUUUUUCAUCCAGACCUCUGUCACACAUCUAAUUAACAUAUACAUCAAAAGCUUGCUCAGACUUUCCCUGCACCUUACAAAGCCUUUACCUUGUAAAGCCCUAUCUUUCUGUAUCUCAUUGCAUGCAUAUAAUAGUGCUAAACUAAGCCUUUGAUUUUUUUUUCUUGGGUUCAUCCAGUAUUUCUAGUAUUUCUAGUAUUUCCAUUGGUUUCUCCUUGAACUAGACUGGUGCUGUUCAGCUUUUUAUAUGUAGGGAUUCAUUUCUCAUCCCACAUGUUCAAUGGCUGAAUUAUACUAAAUGUCAUACGCAGAAGUUUUUGGAGCCCUGGAUUGGUGUGGGGGCCAUAAAAACUCUCUGGAGGACCACUUCCAUCCUCCAGUUGGACAGCCCUGGAAUACUAAAUCUGUUCUUUUGUAUCAGCGUAUUUAAUAAGCAGCUCUGUUUUCCACAUCCUAUAUCUUUAUGUCUUUCUGUGGCAUACAUCACUCUUAUAUAGCCAAUGUUUAUUCUGUACUGUGCAGCAAGGCCUGGUAGUCUGCGUGUAGUCCCACCUUCUCCCAGGUUUAAUCAAACAGUGCUCUGCAGUCUUUUCAUAUCUAGUCCCUAUUAUUACCCUCUAAAAUCCCACAUACGAGACAUUUCAUCAAUUAAUCCUAAUUCUACUACAAUUAACCUAGCACAUGCAUUUCCAACUCCGUAAUUUCUUAUACGCCAAUGAAGUUUUCAAGGUGGCGUCAGUGAUGCAGCUCGGUUUCCAUCCACUAAGAGAUCCAUGCUGCAUUUCUAUAAAACAACAUUGAUCAGAAAUCUGAUCUAAUGGGCAGCCACUGUCUUCAUAUGCAAUAUCUUCCAGUUCUGCUGGGUGACGUUAUACAUUUUAUAGUAAAUAUUUUCUGUGUAUUUUUAAGUAGAAUUCAUAAAAAUAUUUUAUUCAAA